UAUCUGCACCAUCUGCACUCAACAUUGACUCCACGUGACAAACUCCCGGUGUUCGCGUGUCGCGGGCGAAAACGAGAAGUUUGCGAAUAUAACCUUCUUCGGAGCACGCGGGAAACGACCGGAGGAAAAUGUCGUGGCUAUUUGGAUAUCGCAAUUCGCAGCCGCCGUCGGAUUUUUCACAAUUCGUGCCACCGACAGGCGGUGGCAGCGGUGGCGGUGAUAACGACGGCAGUUCUCCGCCGAAGAAGAUGACCAAGUCACAAAUGGAUGCGUACAUGUUCGACUCAGCCGCGUUGGAACGUGCCGCCAAUGCCGCCAAGGAACUCGAACGAUCCAAGCAUGCCAAAGAAGCCUUGGAACUGUCUAAAAUGCAAGAGUCCACUAGGCAAGUGGAAUUGCAAACCGAGAUGAAAAAAUAUGAAGUCAGUAUCGAACAGAUGAAGGCGGACCAAAAGCGGGUGGAGGGUGAGGAGAGGAGAAAAACCAUACAAGAAGAGACUAAACAACACCAAAUGAGGGCACAGUAUCAGGAUCAGUUAUCUAGGAAGCGUUAUGACGAUCAAUUGAUCCAGCAGCAAAAAAUGAACGAUGAGAAUUUGAGACGACAGGAGGAAUCGGUGGCUAAACAAGAAGCCAUGAGGAAAGCUACAAUAGAGCACGAGAUGGAAUUGAGACACAAGAAUGAGAUGAGGAAACUGGAAGCUGAAUUGAGGGCUAAAGCAAAGAUAGACAGAGAAAAUCAUGAUCUUAAUCUCGAGCAAAUUAAAUUGAAAGCCUCGGAGAAGAGGAUCACUGUUUUAGAAUCUAUAAAAACAGCUGGCUCAGUAUUAGGCUCGGGAGCCAAAGCACUAUUAGGAGAUUGGGACAAGAUCACUGCGGCGGCUGCUGGUUUGUCGCUGUUGGCUUUCGGAGUGUACACUGCCAAGGGUACAACCGGCGUCGCGGCGCGCUACAUAGAGUCUCGCUUGGGUAAACCAUCGUUGGUGCGUGAGACCUCGAGAUUCGCGCUGUUGGAUGCUGCCCGGCAUCCAAUUCAGGCAGUGAAGAGAUUGAAACUCAAACAGACCGACGCGCUCUCCGGCGUUAUACUUGCACCCAAAUUGGAGGAGCGGCUGCGUGACAUCGCGAUAGCUACGAAGAACACGAAGCGCAACCGCGGCAUGUACAGGAACAUAUUGAUGCACGGGCCGCCGGGCACCGGUAAGACCAUGUUUGCGAAGAAACUGGCGCAACACUCAGGAAUGGACUACGCGAUCGUCACGGGCGGCGACAUGGCGCCGCUCCGUAGAGACGGUGUCACUGCCAUUCACAAGAUGUUCGACUGGGCGUUGACGUCCAGGAAAGGACUGAUGCUGUUCAUCGACGAGGCCGACGCGUUCCUGAGGAAGCGGUCGAGCGAACGCAUCUCGGAGGAUCUCAGGGCGACGUUGAACGCUUUCUUGUACCGAACAGGCGAGCAAAGCAACAAGUUCAUGCUGGUGCUCGCGUCGAACACGCCGGAGCAGUUCGACUGGGCGGUGAACGACAGAUUGGACGAGAUGGUAGAAUUUACUCUUCCAGGUCGCGAAGAACGCGAGCGUCUGGUCCGGCUCUACUUUGACAAGUUUGUUCUCCAGCCGGCAAUCGAGGGUAAUAAAAGGCUGAAAGUGGCACAGUUCGAUUACAGUACGCUGUGUAGCAAGAUGGCUGACCUCACGGAAGGGAUGUCCGGCAGAGAACUGGCAAAGUUGGGUGUCACCUGGCAAGCAGCAGCUUACGCCUCAGAGGAUGGUGUACUGACGGAGAACAUGGUCAUGGACAGAUGUGUCGAGGCCAUUAAGCAGCACAAACAAAAGGUACACUGGCGAAGCGAGCAAGAGAAGCAAGAGUCGAAGUCGAUAUAUGCUGCCGAAGAGGAUGUAGUCACUCACUCGACUAUCUCAAAGACUCCGGCGAUAGAGCCAUGUCCGGCGGGCACAGUAGCACCAGCCUAAGAGAUCGUGAGGAUUACGAUUAUUGUUGGUCUUUUCUGAGAUCGGGUUAACGGUGAAGUUAGUACUAAAAGAGGGGAGGGGGAAAGACAAGUACAAAUGCCGCUUGGAAAAGAAUUAUUCUAGCGAUUUUUGUAUUUAUCGCAGCACGUACGAGUAAAGCCAAAUAGUUCAAUUAUAUAA